AUGGUGUUAGAAUUGCAAUGUAGUUUACAACAAGCGGUGAAUGCAAACAAUGUGCUCUUUGUUUCGACCAGACAGGAUAUGCUUUUCGUCCAGUGGGAACACGUUACUCUCAAAACAUGUGACAUCAUUGGUCGAAGCGUGUUCCGAGCUGAAGAAGUGGCACUAAGUGUAAUGGAUGGUGUGGAGAAUGAUAAAGAAAAGACUGUUGAUUUAACAUCACAAAUUCUCAUGCAAAUUAACAGAGUCAUUUUACGACUUGAUGACGUCCUUGCAAUAUUAAUUCCAAUACACAACAAACUAAUUGGUAACAUCUGUGAGAAGGUGGUGUCUGAUUUAAUUUUUCUUCGAGACUUUGAAAACACGCCAACCAAUUUUGUGUGUAAAUUGGAACUCAUCAAUACGAAGAUGCUGAACGUCUGCGAAAUAUUCAAAGUUGUUAUUUUGGACGAAAUUGAAAUGCGGCAAGAAAUGAAAGGAUGGAAAGAACUGAGGAAGUCGACAGAGUGGAAAUUCCAGUAUUAUCACAACGCGGUGAUCGACUUUGUCAUACAAUUCAAAAAUCCAGAGACAUUCCAAUUUCUCACAGAAAAAGUCAAUGAGUUUGAUUUGGAACAAGACAUUGGAUGGCGUUGUGCCAAUACACAGGAAGAGAAUUUUACACAGCAACUUCUUGAUGGUCUUAAAAAGUCGAUUAAAGAGAAAAUAGAGACUUAUGUGCCAUCGGUAAAGACUUUUACAGAAGAGUGCGUCAAUUUCCACCACUCAUGUGACGUUCUGUUACAGUCUCUGAACCUCUUCUUCUUGUUUCCCGAGACAAUCAAAAAGGUCAAACAAUCUCUUGAAAUCUACUGCACAAAUUUUAAUUAUUUGCUGAUGGAAAUACAGCUGUUUGACUAUAUGAGCCAUUCUAUAUCAAAGAUCCUUUGUAAGAAGUGUGAGUCACUGAGUACGUUCAUCAAAGAGUUGUUUGCGUCCUUAGACGGUGAAGACUUUGAGGUUCAAGUAAGGAAAAAGCUUCAAACUGUUUAUUGUGCGCUGACUGAAAUUGCUGGAAUUUCGUUUGUGCAGAAGGAUCAGACGGACCAAGUCAUUAAAAUACUCUCAAAAGCGAUUUCACGGAAAAACAGAGAAAUUAAAUACGAUGCGGACACCUUUGCGUUUCUGUUACAGACCGCGGAGAAGAUUUCAUUGUGUGGGAAGGAACCAUUUAAUAUUAUAUCAGAAAGCAUCUCGAAAAACCCAUUAAACAACGACACUAUUUCCACACAACGAGCAUUUGCACAGAUUUAUAUUGUACGAAAUAUAUGGCAAGCACAAAACGCCAAUUUGACAAAGAAAGGGUGUGCAAUAUUAAAGAAAGUGAUCAAUAUCCACAUUGUUAAGAACUUGGAUGAACUUGCGAUGACACACGACCAACUCCUUGUGGAGGAGAAAGAAGUUUUAAUGCACUUUGGGUCGAAUUCAUUUGAGUUUGUUGGGUACAACGAAGUACACGAAAGAAGGACGAUUGGAAAAAUGACGCGUUACAGAUGUUUCACAUCAUUUAUAUUUAUGUGUUUAAAAAAAUACUACAUCCAGCUUAUUAAAAUGUUCAUAAUGUCAAUGACACUCAUCAAAGCAUUUGUUGAUAAGAAACAAACAGAAAGACAAUUGUGUGUGAUACUCAAACAACUUGAAUUGACUUAUCCCGUUGUGGAUUUAUUGUUUGACAUAUUGGUUGGUUUUGACGUGGAAGUGGGCAACGUGUUGGUUAAGACAAAUGUGAAAAACAAAAUGACGAACGUCAUUAUGCAGUCUGUAAAGUUUUUCGAGAAACACAAUGUCUUGAAAACACAACAAUUUGAUGAAGAGAUGUAUGAAAACAAGGAGGAGUUACUCAAGGACUUUAGAUCGAUUCAAAGCUUCUUACAAAUCACUGAAUCUCAGAUACACAGAGUUGUUAUAGAAGAACAACUCUUUGCUUCUAACAGACAGAACUUCAUGUUAGCAGUAGACAUGUGCCUUGGAAACACAGAUAAUGAACAGAUAAACGCAUUGUUUGAUUCUCAAAGAGACUUGUUGACUCAGGUUGGGAAGCUCUCGAAACGAACAGUGCCGUUCUUUUGUUUUGGCUAA